AUGCUGGGCUACUUGAAGUAUGCCGCUGCAGGCUUGGCCGCCGCGACUCUGGUCUCAGGCCAAACGUACAGCGAGUGCAAUCCAUUGAAAAAAACUUGCCCAGCCAAUGUUGGUACAACCGAGUCGAGACUCACUUUCGACUUCACCAAGAGCCCCGGGCUAGAUCAGUGGACGACUACUGCCGGCAACGUGAAAAUAGGCUCGAACGGCGCGGAGUUUACUGUCAACAAGCAAGGCGAUGCUCCCACCAUUCGGACCAACUUCCACAUCUUCUUCGGCGAAGUAUCGGUCACCAUGAAAUCAGCCCCUGGCACUGGCAUCGUCAGCAGUGUCGUGCUUCAGUCGGAUGAUCUUGACGAGAUUGACUGGGAAGCCGUAGGUGGCGACACAACCCAAGUCCAGACGAACUACUUCGGAAAAGGAGAUACCACAACCUACGACCGCGCAACCUUCGAGUCCGUUUCGACUCCCCAGGAGAUAUUCCACACCUACAAGGUAGUCUGGACCAAAGAAGCCACUACCUGGUCCGUUGACGGCAAGGUCCUCCGCACUCUCUCCUCCGACAACGCACAAUCCGGCACCAGAUAUCCCCAGACCCCCAUGAACGUGCGCAUCGGCAUCUGGGCCGGUGGUGACCCAACCAAUGCAGAGGGAACGAUUCAAUGGGCCGGCGGCCUGACCGAUUACAGCAAGACCCCUUACACCAUGUAUAUCAAGGACGUCACUAUCGUCAACUACAACCCGGCUGAGUCUUACACCUGGUCGGACCUAAGCGGCUCUGCUAAGAGUAUUAAGUUCACUGGUUCUACUAACUCGACUUCCUCGACUACCUCGAAGCCUUCUGUUUCUGGAAGCCUUAUCACAGCUGCUAGCACAGCGAGACCGUCCAGCUCUGGCUCGAUUUCUCGCCCCAGUGCCUCCUCCUCUUCUCCGGUUUUUAACGCGGCUUCAAACUUGAGCGCUGGUAACUUGGGCUUCUUGUCCGUCCUUGCGGUUGUCUCUGGGUUUCUUUUCUUGUAG